AUGCCCAAGCCUGUUUUUGUUAUUCUCGGCGCCACAGGUAACCAGGGAGGCUCUGUUGUAUUCCACUUCCUCUCCGAAUCGGCCUACUCACUUCGCGUCGUGACUCGUGACCCUUUCUCCCCUAAGGCCCUCGCUCUUGCCGCUCAAGGCAUCGAAGUCGUUUCUGGAAACUUUGACGAUCCCUCGUCCCUUGACGCGGCAUUCAAGAAUGCCUCUCUUAUUUUUAGUAUGACCGAUUUCUGGAGCCUGAUGACCAGCGACACCCUGCGCAAGAAAGCGGAUGCCUCGGGUAUUAGUCCAGGCUUCUAUAUCCGCGACUGUGAGGCGCAGCAAAACAGAAACAUCAUCGAUGCUGCCGCUAGAGUUGAGACGCUGGAACGAUUUAUCUUUUCAAGUCUCCCGAACGUGACUGAACUAAGCGGCGGAAAAUACAGACAUGUCUACCAUUUCGAUAGCAAGUCCACCGCGGGGGGAACGAGUGUCCUCUACGCGGGACUUUAUCUUGAGAACUUUCUUGGAGAGUCGAAAGCCCUUUUUUGCCCAAAAUUGAAAGGAAAUACUCUUGUUGCAGCGAGUUCGCAGCCUCUUACUAUGGCUAAAAUCCCCUGGUUCUCUGUCGUUAACGACACCGGGUCCCUUGUGGCCGCAUUGAUCAGCUCUGCGCCGGGCAAGAACCUUAUUGGCGUGAGCGAGUGGCUGAGUCUGCAGGACAUCUGGACGAUUCUGGCUCAGACUCUGAAGAAAGACAUCGAGUUUGUGGACGAUAUCUCUAGUGAUUUUGGACAGGGAGAUCCCGAAAUAAAGCGCGACCGUGAAGAAAUGAUGGGCUUUCUCAUUGAAUUUGGAUUUGACGGGGGACGGAAUGAUCAGACUUUUAUGAGGCCGGAGGAUUUGAAUAUCUCGGUAAAGCUGCAGUCGGUGAGGGAUUGGAUUGAGAAGCAGGAUUGGAGUGACCUGUAA